UUUUUUAUAUCGUAUCUUUUUGUAAAGUAUCACUUUUUAUUUCACAUCUUUUUGUAAAGAAUCAAAUUUUGUUUCAAAUAAAUUUGAGUUCUAUGAACGUGGACUUGGCGCGUUUUUUACAGUGAAACUGUUUUUGUUCGGAUUAAUAAAUUAAUAUAAAAUUUCCCUGAUAGCCACCCUAACUGUACGUUAAUUACAAGCUACUGCAGUAUUUUAAAGGUAACUUAAGACGCGUUUUCAUUUGUUUCUCUAUUCGCAAUCAACUGGAUAAACGGUACUAUCUCUGUUGCACUUGUACAUUAAAUAGGAACUUUGUCCAAGCUUUUCUCGUAAACAAAUGGAAGUUAUCAAAAAAUUCAAGUGCACUUCGCUAGUUCAUAGAGUAAAGCAUCGGGUCUGUGUCUUUAUUUUGCGUUUAGAGCUUUUAUUUCAGAGAAAAGCUGGGACAAAAUUAUCUGAAAACCGUUCUUAAAGGAGAGUGUUGGAGAGCAAGCAGUUACCUUCGAGUUGACAGUAAAUUGUCUGCAACUUUCUAUUCAAUUUGACUACAAGUAUUAACGUCAGAAAAUGGCGUUAAGUUAAUUGAAAGUUUCACUUCAAAUUGACGACAAGUUUUUCUGACAAGUUACAUUCAAGCUACUGCCGUAUUCUGAACCCAACUUAAAGAAAAGUAUUAUACAGCCAAGGUUUGUCAGAAACUUUCUCGUUAAGUUAACUGAAAGUUUUGCUCUACAACACUUGUAGAGCAAUGUCUGGCUAUCAAGGAAAGUCAGUAAUGUUCAUUUUUACCAUGCCAGGGGGUAAUCAAAUUUAUAUUUAAAAAUGUCUACAAUUUGACGUCAGCUUUUGGAGUGAAUUUGCAUUCUAAUUUGGGCAGUAAAUUUACGUCAAAUUCAAUAGCAAGUUGCAAACAAGCUGUCGUAAAAAAUGGAAAAGUCCGAAGUUGACGGAAAUUUGACGAAAAAUUCAACGAAACUUUUAUAUUUGAAAACAAUUGUCGAACGACAGAUUACAGGCUAAAAGAUAAAAGUUUAUACAAAAUUUACCAAAUCGUUUCCUGAGUCAGCUGUAUUUUAUAAUUCAUCAAAACGGGGGCCGAACAAUCAGCGAUGUCUGUCUCACAGAUGGAGAAAAAUUUAUUUAAUCUAAAAUUUGCUGUGAAAGAGUUGGAACGCAAUUCAAAAAAAUGCGAAAAAGAAGAAAAACUCGAAAAAUCGAAAGUUAAAAAAGCUAUUCAAAAAGGAAAUAUGGAAGGAGCUCGAAUACAUGCAGAAAAUGCAAUACGACAAAAGAAUCAGGCUUUAAAUUAUUUACGAAUGAGUGCACGAGUAGAUGCUGUUGCCAGUCGAGUACAGACAGCUUUGACAACUCGAAAAGUUACACAAUCAAUGGCUGGCGUUGUAAAAGCUAUGGAUGCAGCAAUGAAAUCGAUGAAUCUAGAAAAAAUUUCAGGUUUGAUGGAUAAAUUCGAAAGUCAGUUUGAAGAUUUAGACGUCCAAAGCUCGUACAUGGAAAAUGCGAUGUCUCAAACUACUACUACGAAUGUACCACAAAAUGAUGUUGAUUCCUUGCUUCAACAGGUUGCAGAUGAAGCUGGAUUGGAACUAAAUUUGGAGUUGCCAUCUGGACAAACGGGUACUAUCGGUACAUCAACUGCAGUGAGUCAAGAGCAAGAUGAACUAACUCAACGACUUGCACGGCUGAGAGAGUGAAAUUAUGAAUGUUAAAUCUUUAUUAUAUACAUAGUAUCUCUAUAUUGUAUAGGAUAUUGUAUUUUUGAUCUUUGCCUCAAUGUAUAUUUUUUCAAGUUAAUAAUUUAUAUGAUUUAUGCUUAAAGUACGACUUGAAUUUUUUUAUAACUGAUCAAAGUCACUGAUUGUCAUCCAUAAUAACUGAAUGUUAAGAUACGACAUUUCAAUAUAUUUUUCAUAAAUAUAG